UAAAAAUCCAAUUAUUUAAAAAUGAUUAAAAUUGGGAUUCUCUGUUUUUUGGCUGUAAUUAUCUUGGCAGCAGGUGAAGAAUACUACAAAGAUCCACCAAGAAAAGUGGUCUACGUGGAAGAGCCUGAACAAGACUACAAAAUAGUCAGAUACGAACCCAACUUCAGGAGUUACGAAUCCAGGAAACCUGUGCAAAAGAAGGUGUAUAUCGUCCAACCAGGCGAGGAAAGAAAAGUUUAUUUGCGUCCUUCUUACGAACCUAAAAAUAAGGAUGUUGUGGUUAAAAUUCUGGAUAGAAAGCAUUAGAAU